UCGACAGUGCUCGCGCCUAGUGCUUUGCGGUGAAUUAAAAAAAGUUUUUUAAAAAUAGAAUACAGUGAAUAUUUGAACAUGAAUGGUGAAGUGUAGUAAUAUUAAUUGCGGUUAAAUAGUGAGACUUAGUUUUUUUUUCAAAAUGGCAAAAGCGACUGUUUUAUUUCGGCAAUGCAUUAUCCCUCGUCAGUCCCGUUCUGUCAGUACGACCUCACCCCGCCGCACAUCGACGUCGCCUCAACGUCGCUCUGCCGCCGCGCCGUCGCCAGCGACAUCGCUCAAACCCUUCAGCGAGAUCCCUGGGCCGCUAGCGCUGCCUAUGCUGAGGCAUUCUGCACAUGUUUUACCUAGGAUAGGUAACUUCCACCACACAGUCGGCCUAGGCCUGCUCGAAGGCCUCCAGUCCCGCUACGGAGACCUUGUGCGUCUAGCGAAGGCCUCUCGCACCCGCCCCGUGCUGUACGUGUUCCACCCUGAGCUGAUGAGAGAGGUGUACGAGAGUUGUUCAACGGAGCCGCCUCAUUGGACGCGAUCUCCGCUCAAAACACACCGAGCUUCUACGGGCUGUCCGUACCACGGUGACGAAACUAAUGCGAUCUGGGCAUCCAUAGGAGCACUCCUAGAAGACCCAGCUCUUAUGAAAAACUUCGAAAAAGCUUUCGAUGUCAUAGCAGUCGACGCUACGAGAAGGUUCGGAGAGCUAAGAAAAGCUGAGAACGCGCUGAACGAGGAAUUAGAAACUGAAGUGUGUCGCUGGGCACUAGAGACUCUAGGCAUGGCGGUGUUGGGCACUAGACUUGGCUGCCUGGAUGGUCCUGCCCAUGUGCCCACUUCAGAAAACAGAAAGCCAGAAAAAACUUCAAUGGACGACGAAAUCCCAGACCUCUGCUCGCUGUCGAAGCGUUGCCCCGACGGUCUCACUCCCGCAGAAGCGCUAGUCCGGUGUACGAGAGAGAUAUCUGAUGCAGGCUACUUGGUGCGGAGCGAACAUACCCUCAAGACCGAGUCGAAGACGUUUAACAACGCGCUGAUGGCGCUGGAUAAGCAUUACAGCCUAACAGAGCGCUUCCUUCUGCAAGCCAUGUCGGAGCUGAACACCACAGACCCUAAGCCAGAACAGGUUCUACUAAACAAACUAGCCCCACUGAAGCAGAGGAUACUACCACUCGUCGCUGAUGUGCUAUUGGCGGGAGUUAAUCCUUUGGCCCAAUCGGCCCUAGCCAUGCUCUACCACCUGUCCCUCAACCCCGCGCGACAGCAACGCGCCCACGAUGAGAUAUGCUGGUCCGCAGCUUCUCAUGCAGCUGGUGCUGGGGUCCAGGAGUUACCUUACCUAGCAGCGUGUGCCAGGGAGGCCAUGAGGCUACAUCCAGCUACGGGAGGCGUGGUGCGGAGGAGUACGGAGGCUAUCAGUGUUGGGGGAUACGAAGUGCCUGCUGGGGUCGACAUAGUCCUCGCCCACGGAGUCACCAGCAAAUCUGAGAAGCAGUGGGGCAGAGCCAACGCCUUCAUCCCCGAGCGCUGGUGCAGCGAGGGCUGGGAGCCUCUCAGGGCCUCCCGGGCCCAUCCCCUGGCCUCCCUCCCCUUUGGUACCAGGUGCCCGGCCUCCGGCCUCGCUGGGCAUGUACUGGCCAGUCUAGCUACCAGGGUUAUGGAGAGGUAUAGGCUGGAAUGGCACGGGCCGGCCGCGAAUAUGGUGACGACGGGAGUGAAUAAAGUGCAGGCGCCGUAUUAUUUUGUAUUGCAGGAUGCGCAUUAAGAUAGCCUCCGCCCCUGUAGCACCUGUAAUGAUGACUCACAUUAGACUGGGCUGUGUCCGAGCCGGAGCCUCCGGCGCAUCGUUUUCUAUAGAAAGCAUCACGUGAUCGCCUGUCAUGUCAAAGAAAAGUAAGCGCCGGAAGCUCCGGCCCGGAACCACCCGGUCUAACGUGAGUUAUCCUCAUAUAUUCGUAAGCAAUCCCCCGUUCUGGCAGUCAAAUUGAAUUGCAAACUUAUUGAUACUAACUAAUUUAAAAUUUCGAUUUUGUUGCGAUAUUUAUUUGACAACGUCAUGAAGUAUUUUGGCCUUACAUACCGUGGAAGCUAUAUUUUUACUAGCUGUUGCCCGCGACUUCGUCCGCGUGGAAUUUUAUCUUCAACAUUUUACAUCUUUAGUACCUAUAAUUUUCUAUAAUUUUCAUAUCCGAGCAAUGUUGAAAUUAAGUACUUUUCUUUUUUAGCAAGUUGUAUGAAGUUUUAAGUCAAGUGGAUUUUGAUGUUGAUUGCUGAAAUUACUUUUCUUGUAUUCUCAUAAUGCCCUUAUACAAAGAUUCAAGUUUCGCACUCACAAAUUAUCUAUCUCCAUACAAACUUUCAACCCCUUUCUCACCACCUUGGGGGAUGAUUUUCAAAAAUGCUUGAAUUAGUUUUCAUGUUUUUCAAUUUAAUACCUUUUUGUUGCAAAAAGUUCAAGUUCCUAGCUUAAAAUUUAAUUUACACCCCAAGACGAACUUUCAUCCCCUUUUUAACCCCCUUAGGGGUUGAUUUUCCAAAAACGUUGCAAUUACUUUUAUUUGUAAUCGGCUAUUAUGUCUUUCUAAGUAGUUUCAAAGCAUUUGUAAUGGAUUCAAACUUUGAACCCCAUUUUAACCCUGUUAGGGGAUGAAUUUUACAAAUUGCUGAAAUCACUUUUAUUGUCUUCUAAUAAUAUCCCCAAAUACAAAGAUUCAAAUCCCGCGCUCGAAAAAAUGUUUAAUAUCCAUACAAACUUUCAACCCCUUUUUUACCACCUUAGGGGAUGAAUUUUCAAAAACGCUGAAAUUAGUUUUCUAGUAUUUUAAUUUAAAACGUUUUUACAAAGUUUCAAGUUCCAUGCUUAAAAUAAGGUUUGCACCCGCAGACGACCUUUCAUCCCCUUUUUAACUCCCUUAGGGGUUGAAAUUCCAAAGACGUUGCAAUUACUUUUUUUUGUUAUCGGCUAUUAUGCCUUUCUAAAAAGUUUCAAAACCAUUUGUAAUGGAUUCAAACUUUCAACCCCAUUUUAACCCUGUUAGGGGAUACAUUUUACAAAACGCUGAAAUUAUUUUUCCUGUCUUCUAAUAAUAUUUCUAAAUACAAAGAUUCAAGUCCCACACUCGAAAAAAUGUUUGAUAUCCAUACAAACUUUCAACCCCUUUUUCACCACCUUAGGGGAUGAAUUUUCAAAAACGCUGAAAUUAGUUUUCUUGUAUUUUAAUAAUAUAUCUUUUAACGAAGUUUCAAAUUCCUAGCUUAAAAGAAAACUUUAACCCCAUACAAACUUUCAUCCCCUUUUUAACCCUGUUAGGGGAUGAAUUUUACAAAACGCUGAAAUUACUUUUAUUGUCUUCUAAUAAUAUCCCCAAAUACAAAGAUUUAAGUCCCGCGCUCAAAAAAAAUUUUGAUUUCCAUACAAACUUUCAACCCCUUUUUCACCACCUUGGGGGAUGAAUUUUCUAAUACGCUGAAAUUAAUUUUCUUAUAUUUGAAUUUGAUACUUUUUUACAAAGUUUCAAGUUCCUAACUUAAAAUAAAAUUUGCACCCGAAGACGAAUUUUCAUCCCCUUUUUAACCCCCUUAGGGGUUGAAUUUCCAAAAACGUUGCAACCACUUUUUUUUGUAAUCGGCUAUUAUGCCUUUCUAAGAAGUUUCAAAGCAUUUGUAAUGGAUUAAAAUUUUCAACCCCUUUUCAACCCUGUUAGGGGAUGAAUUUUACAAAACGCUGAAAUUACUUUUCAUGUCUUCUAAUAAUAUUCCUAAAUACAAAGAUUCAAGUCCACCACUCGAAAAAUUUUUUGAUAUCCAUACAAACUUUCAACCCCUUUUUCACCACCUUAGGGGAUGAAUUUUCAAAAACGCUGAAAUUAGUUUUCUUGUAUUUUAAUAAUAUAUGUUUUUACGAAGUUUCAAAUUCCUAGCUUGAAAGAAAACUUUCACCCCAUACAAACUUUUAUCCCCUUUUUAACCCCCUUAGGGGUUGAAUUUCUCAAAAUCGCUUCUUAUCUCUUGUACACUUUAUAAAUGCAACCUGGUGUGCAAAUUUCAACUUUCUGGCUUUUGUAGUUUCGGCUCUGCGUUGAUGAAUCAGUCAGUCAGUCAGUCAGUCAGUCAGGACACUUGCAUUUAUAUAUAUAGAUUGUAAUUUUAUAAAAUUAACUCUAACUAUAUAUAUAAACAAGAAAAAAAUGUGUAUUAAUUAUAAGUUCAGUUUGAGUAAAAAGAAAACAAGGUGAAUCAUGCCAUUGAAUUUUCGUACUGUUCCUGGCAAAACGAAUUAUUUUCGAUUUUACUUCGCCUGAAUUUAUAUUAGGUACCUAAGUAGAGUAAGUAGUAAUUAAACUGAGAAAUGCACUAGAAAAAAUAACGAAUUUAACAUUUUGCGUGCAUAGCCAAACCGCCUUUAUAUUCAAUGUUCCUUAAUUAUAAAACUAAUUACUUACCUUGUAAUCUAAGUACUGUAUUAAUAAAAAGAUAUACGUUAAAA